AUGAGCAUCGUAAUAGCAGAUGAUGACAAAGGGCCACUAUGGCAAAUAGAUGAAGUAUAUGGGCGCAAAGAAGAACUUGAUACGCUGAAUAAAAUGUCCGACGAAAAGGCAUCGAGAUGUGUGCUGAUUCAGGGCACCGCGGGGACUGGCAAAACCACACUAUUGCGGUCGAUAAAAUGGGAGGAAAAGAACUGGGUAUUCGUAGAGGGGAAAUUUGAAAAAGACUUGUGUACAGAACCGUACUCUGCAUUGAUUCGAGUGUUGGACCGCCUAGUGGAAAUAUGGCUCGAGAACAAUAAAGCGGCUCCUGUUUGCCAGAUGUCAAACUUCCGCCAGCUCUUGGAAGAUGACAUUGAUCUACUAAAGGGGAUAGUACCAGGAAUGUUUCGAAUAGUCGGCAAAGUGGCCCAUGAAAUAAAGUAUACCAAAAUGAGUAGUCUGCGGAAUCUGACCCAGUCAUAUGAGAAUCAUCACGUUACAGAAGAAAAGGUGGGCGCGGAAUCGGUGGCAAUCGCCAAUGCCUUCCUAAGACUCUUUACCUUUCUGUCGUCCUCAAGGCCUAUUGUGUUAUUAUUGGAUGAUAUUCACUGUGCCGACUCGGCAUCGAUGGAAAUCGUAGAGCUUAUAUCUCACAACAAUCUAUCCAAUCCCAUUGAGCACAGUGGUUGUACUUUACUUGCCCUUUCCUACAACGGUGAUUUGAUCGGAAAGAACAAGUUUGCUAGCGCGACAGUGGAGAGUAUCAAAGCAUUUGAAAAUGGCGUCCAUUCCAUAGAGCUGGAAGAUUUGGAUGUGGACUCGUUGAAUAAACUUGUGGCCUCUGUGGUUGGAAGUAAUACAGAGAUAACGCUUCCUCUGUCCAAAGUCAUUCAUAAGAAGACUGCAGGCAAUCCGUUUGCGGUCUCUCAAUUCCUAAGGUAUGCUCGAAUCAAGGAAUUCUUCACAUUUUCUCCCAUGACGUUCUCCUGGCAGUGGGGGGAUGUCGAAAAGCUCGAUGAAUAUGCUGCAGUGUCAGACAAUGUUGCCGAAAUCCUUGCAACUUCCAUGGAAAAGCUUGCCAUUCCAUCUCGGAUCGUAUUGAAAGUAUCAUCUUGCUUGGGCAAGGUUAUUCCUAUCGAUGUGCUAAUAGAAUAUUUUUCCUCGAAAUAUCAAGAAGGCGAUGACGGGCACCUCUCGUGUCCUGAGGUGCAAGGAAUUCAUGAGCAUGGCUUGGAUUCUUUGCUUGCGGAAGCCGCAAAAGCUGGAAUUCUUGUCAAGUCAAUGACCCAAGGAGCUUAUGUUUGGUCCAACGAUAAACUGCAAGAAGUUGCAUAUUCAUUUGUUCCUGUCGACUUUCGCCCUACUUUGCACCAGAGGCUUGGGAAACUUUUGUGGAGGCUUGGAUUGGAGAACGACGAAGAAUGGAUGAUUUUCAUGGCGGCCAACCAAAUGAACCGAUACGCAGAUUUGGGCCAAGAGGAUUGCGCACUUGGAACCGAAGUAGCGCAACUUAAUUUACAGGCCGCCAAGCUUUCUUUGGAUAAAGCUGCACUAUACCCUGCCCUCGAGCUGCUAGAAAAAGCUGAAAGGCACAUGGGAGUAUCAAAUAGAUGGGUUGACAAUUAUGACUUGACCCUUGACCUAAUGACAAACCUUGCAGAAACAAAGUUUCGGAUUGGUCAAGCUGAGGACGCCCUCAGCAUUGCCGGUUUGAUUAUCGAAAAUGCGAAAUCUCUAAACGAUCAAUUCAGGGCGAAUCUUGUCCGUCUUCAAGGGUGCGUGUCCGGUCGUGACAGAGACUAUGAAUUAGGGGUUGAAAAGACUCUUGAGGUGCUUAAGCUAUAUGGAGAAAAACAUCCUAAGAAGCUUUAUCCUGGGCAAAAAUGUGUUGAAAAGGUAAAACUGAAGAAGUUACUACCUGGCGGCGAAUUGGAAGGGCUACUGGAGUUACCUGAUAUGGUCGACGAAACUGCGCUGUCCGUUCAGAGUCUUCUGAUAAACCAUCUGGCAGUAUAUGCAGGCAUGAGUCAGAAGUAUCGUCUUCUUGCUUGGUUUGCAAGUGUCAGAUCUCUCAAACAUGCCUGCAAAUUGGGGCUUAGCCCCAUCACUAACCAGUCUGUUCUCAAUAUCGCGAUUCAAAUGAGGCUCGAGGGGCACUUCCAAGAGGCUUCUCAAUACGCUGAUUUUGCGCUAAAGAUGUUAGAAAGGUUCCCCCGCAAACCAGGAUCGAACCAUGGUUAUUUGAGAGUAGGAGCCACCAGCACCGUCUUAGGAGCAGUCAGAUCAUUCAAUAACUGCUUGAAUGAACUAGUCGAAGGUAGAGGAGAUCUGCUGAAAUCGGGUCGAACAACGGACGCAGUCAACGCAUCUCUUGCAUAUGCCAGUGUGUACAUCUGUGUUGGUCUCCCAUUGACACCACUUGAAGUUGAUUUGCAAUUAUAUCAUCAAGACGCAAAGCAAUUUGGGGCUCCAUACACAAUACAACAAGUCUUCCUUUUCUUUCGCCAAGCAAUUUUGAAUCUUCGCCAAACAGACGUAAAAAACCCAACUCUGUUAGUUGGCGAAGCUAUGAACCAAGAAAGGGAAUUAGAGAAGGUCCAAGGCAAUGGGCGGAAGAUGACACAACGUGACAUCAACUCUCAGCGCUUGAUGUUGAGCUGCAUUUUUGACGACUGGGAUACAGCUGAAUUGAUGUUGGAUGGUUUAGAAGAAUGGGUUGACGCGACAGAAGUGUUCAUCUUUCGACUACAUUACCGCCGUUGCUACAUGGGCUUGGCAGGCUUCGCACUUAGUCGGGUAUGCAAGAACUCGAAGAAGCGCAAGAAGUUCUUAGGUAUUGGAAAGAAGAUGCUAAAGUUUUUCACCACGGACAUGAAGUAUGGAUCAGUCAAUGCCUACCCAAUUGUGAGUAUGUUGGAAGCUGAAGAAUCGCCUUCCAAAGAAAGCUAUGAUAAGGCAAUCAAAGCCUGCGCUCGUCUUGGACUGAUUCACCAUGAAGCCUACAUGUGCGAACGAGCUGGGAGGUUCUUCGUGGAAAAGGGAGAUGACGAAUGGGGCGAAUUCUAUUUCGGUCAAGCUAUUUUAUUGUAUGGCGAAUGGGGUGCAAAGGGAAAAGCCGAGAAGUUGACAGACGAUAAUUCUCGCCUCCUUUCGAGAUCGUCUCUUCGCGAAUCGGUGAACACUUCUCUGCAGGGCCGUUCUCGAUAUUCAGCGAAAGAGCUUGACUCAUUGCGGGUGAUUGACUGGCAGAGAUUCAGUAUUGGGAGCCAUGGAUAG